AUGAAAUACCACAUAUUCAAGUAUAUUAUAUAGCAAUUUAAUUUAGAAAUAAAUGACUAACAGGAAAAAGUAUUGCAAAUGAACAAGAAACUCCAAAUGAUUAAAAUCUGUAAACUUAACAGACCGAUUAAACCAAAAAAAUUAAGUGAAGAGAUAUUUAAUUUUCCCCCCUUUAUCUGCUAGAUUAAUGCUUAUUCUAAAUAAAUAAAAGAAUUUGAACUUACUAUAAUAAAAAAAAUCAACAAAUUGAAAAUUUAAAAAGAGACACCAGAAACCAGAUUCACUGAAAUACAAAUUUAAUUCUAAGUCAUUUAAAAAGAGCACAAAGAGUUACUAAAAAAUUAUCCAGCCUUAAUGCAUUUAAGUUAUGAUGAAUUAAACAAAGAUAAUAUAUACCUAUCAAAGUAGCUUUAUGAGAAUUAGUAGCUUAUACAAUAGUAGAAUGUAAAAUUCAAGAGACUCGAAGCUGAGUUACAUCAGAUGAGACAAUAAACUGAAAAAGAGAAGAUGGCUCAAUUGGAAAAGAAAAUAUAUGAUUUAGAGCAACAAUUAUAAAAGAAGGACUUUUAUCAUAACAAGGAUAUUGAUAAUUUGCAUUUGGUUAUAGCUAUCUUGAAAGAUUAUCCUAUUUUAAUUAGAGAAAGAAGAAAAGAAGCUAUAUCUGCCUGUGAUUGA